CAGUAAACAAAAAUGUAUUCAUCGUCACAUCAAAACACCUAUAUUAAAAUAAACUUGAUCACAAUAUUCUACUCACUUCUGGAUUUUUUUGCCCGGAUGGAUAUCAAUUUGGUGUUGAGUUUCUUUCUGGGGAUCUGUUCGUUGCAGGUCUCCGUGCUAGCACAAAGUGAAGCAGAACCAGAACUUGGAUUCCAGUUCCCUAACUUCUUCAACUUUGGUAACUCAAAUCGCUCCGUAAAUUUCUUUCUUUACAACAGGGAAAGUAAUUCGACUCCAGCUGUUUUCCAUGCCUUAGUUCGCCGCCGAAGUUUAUUGCCCAACUUUAGAAAUAAUAAGCCACUCAAAGUUGUUAUCCAUGGUUGGAUGGGAAGAGAUGACAAACGUUUUUGUUCAAAUAUCAGAGAAGGCUUGUUGAAGAAUGAAGACGUGAACGUGAUUACGGUUGAUUGGUCUGGAGACGGUUCCACGAAUUUGCUGUAUCCCAUUGCGAGGAGUAGGGUUCCCGAAGUGGCAGCUACCGUUGCUGAAUUCUUGGACAAUCUCAAUCAGCGAUACGGUGUGAAGCUCGAAGACAUACACGUUUUGGGUCACAGUUUGGGUGCACACAUUGCCGGUAUUGCAGGCUACAAGGUCACCACUGGGAAGAUCGGCAGGAUAACAGGGUUAGAUCCCGCCGGACCCUUCUUCAGCAUGGAAAAACCUGAUGAGAGACUGUCUAAGGACAGUGCUAUUUUUGUAGAUGUGAUCCACACCUGUGGAAAAUUCUUAGGAUUCGAUGACCAAUUGGACAUGCAGACUUCUAUCCUAACAGUGGAAAAUUCAGACAGCCUGGUUGCGGAUUUGACAUAUAUGGUGCUUGCAGUCACAUAAGGUGCUACUUCCUUUACCUAGAGAGCCUAAAAAACAGGAAAGCAUUCCCUGCUAUUCCUUGUCCAAGCUGGAAAGCCUACGAGAAUGAUAAGAAAUCUUGUGAUAUUGGAAAGAUGGUCUACAUGGGAGAAGGGCUAUCUACAAGUGCAAGAGGUGUGUAUUACUUGAAAACCAAUGGUGAAAGUCCGUUUGGAUUGGGUAAAGUGUAAUGAAGAGAACAAACAGACAAGCAAGAAAAUUAUUUUUGAAUCAAGCUUUUUAUUAUUUU